GCUGAGGAGAGCCACGCGUCCUCGGCGGGGCGGGGUUAGAAGCGGUGCCCAUGUGCACGAGAAAGGAAGGCGGCGGCAUUGCUGAUUGGUGCUUGGCGAGCUGCAGUUACUGCUCUAUAAACGAUUGCCCAUGAUUGACGAGUAUUCCUAGAAGUCCAGCCUCAGAAUAGACUGUCUACCAUUUCAGCCUUGCUUACAUCUUCAUUGACUACCUCAAAGAAUUCUAAAAGUAAAAUGGCAGCCAGUGUCACCACAUUUAACAUUGACAUCCCUCGCUGGGACCAGAACACUUUUAUGGGGCGUGUGAAGCACUUUUUCAACGUCACGGACCCAAGGACGCUGCUGGUGUCAGAACAUGAACUGGAUUCAGCAAAGGCAUUGGUGGAGACCUGCAGGGCAGGCAUUGUGCCUCCAGGAACCAACCAAGAGCAGCUGUUCUAUGCCAAGAAGCUUUAUGACUCCGCUUUCCACCCUGACUCUGGUGAGAAGAUGAAUUUGAUAGGGAGGAUGUCGUUUCAAGUCCCCGGGGGAAUGGCUAUCACAGGCUGCAUGCUGCAGUUUUACAGGACAGUUCCUGCUGUAGUUUUCUGGCAGUGGGUGAAUCAGUCUUUCAAUGCCAUUGUGAACUACACCAACCGGAAUGCUGCCAGCCCCAUCUCCCUGAAGCAAAUUGGAGUUGCUUAUUUCACUGCUACCAGCACUGCCUUGGCAACUGCCGUAGGACUCAACCUUUACACCAAGAGAGCGCCAUCCCUUGUGGCACGCUGGGUCCCCUUUGCAGCGGUAGCUGCUGCCAACUGCGUCAACAUCCCCUUGAUGAGGCAGCAGGAACUCAUAAAUGGGAUCACAGUGACUGAUGAGAACGACAGCCCUCUGGGCAAGUCCAAGAGAGCUGCGAUCAAGGGGAUAACUCAGGUGGUGGUUUCCCGCGUCGCCAUGGCUGCUCCUGGCAUGAUUUUGUUGCCCAUCAUAAUGGAGAGACUAGAAAAAUAUCCUUUCAUGAAGAAAAUCCAGGUUCUCCAUGCUCCAUUGCAAACGAUACUUGUUGGAGGGUUCCUUGUGUUCAUGGUCCCGGUUGCCUGUGCACUCUUCCCACAACGAAGCUCCAUUGCCCUUUCACAUUUGGAGCCUGAUCUCAGGCAAUCGAUUGUGGCCAGACAUGGAGACAAUGUGCCUUAUGUCUAUUUUAACAAGGGAUUGUGAAUGAAGCCUCUAUCUCGGGAGCUGCCUGGACCUGCACUCGUGCUCUGAGCUUCCGAGAAGCGUCUUGUUAGCCAUUGUGAGAAAUGGGGUGCUGGGCUAAUUGGACCUUUGGCCUGAUCCAGUCUGGCUGUUAUGAAGCUCUUAGCUGUACAGCACUCCUCACAAGGAUAGGUGUUGUAACCUCACUGUGGAUUUUUUCUCCACCUUCCCGGCCAUAUAGUUCCUGCUCCGUUCUGAUACGUUAUCUGUGUUCUAUGCAACUUUGGGAUUUCCAACUGGGUGCUGCAUUUUGUCUUUCCAAUGCAAUCUCUGCCAAGCUUAUCUUUGUCAAAAUCUGUCUUGGUUCCUAAAGGGUACAAAACCUCCAAAUAGAUGUGAAAUGGGGAAGUUACUGUGGGCUUCUCACUGGAUGACUCAAAAUCAAAAUAUAGGUCUGUAUCACUAUGUUGUUGAUUUGCUCAUGUGCCUUCAGAUGGACCAAUUUCCUCUGCUUAAUCAUUAAGAUAAAUCAUGUAAAGGUAGGUGACUUGGGGUCAGUGUAGGAAAUUAUCGUUUAAGCACACCCUGCAAAAGGUGGUCAACUUGUGACCUCCAUGUGUUGUUAGAUUCCAGCUCCCAUCAGCUGUAGCCAGCAUGACCAGCUGUCAGGGAUGAUGGGAGUCAUAGUCCACCAGCAUCUGGAAGGCUAUAGGCCCAAACUCAAGUCAGUCAAGAGAAUGGGACUAGAAUAAUGUUUCUGCCACCACUGCUUUUCAAGAACCACAGUGGGACAUAUAUUUUCUAUGCAGGCACAGAUGGGCUACUGGGGAGAGAGGUGAAUGUGAAACCUGUUUUCUUUUUUCAUUUGGAAAGAUGAGCCUAUAUGUUCUGCCUCCCCAGUAUUCCUUUCCAGAGAAAAAUAAUAUUCCACCAGCUCAUGCAGUAGCAACCUAGUUCUCUCUGAGUACUUUCUAGGGGUGGUGAAUUAUUUUCAGCCCAAGCACUUAGAAUCAUAGAAUUGUAGAGUUGGAAGAGGGACCCUGAGGAUCAAUGCUGGAAUAUGCAGCUGUCCCAUAUGGGGAUUUAAUCCCACAACUUUGGUGUUAUCAGGACCAACCUCUAACCAACUGAGCUGUCCACUUUCCCUUCUGGUCAACCUGCUGGGGCCCACAGGCCAGUGGUGGAUGGAGCCAGAGACGAAAGUGGGCAGAGCAACAAAUGUAAAGCACACCUUUUCACUAUAGGCUAGGGUCUACACACACACAAACCUCCCCCCUCCAACCAGGCAUGCAAGAGGCAGUGUAAGAGUUCAAGAACACAUUCCAGACAGGCAAAAACACUCAAGGAAGGUGGGGAGCAGGGCAGGGGAUGGUGUGUGACCUGGGAAGAUUCGCAAAGACCAGAUAGAGAUCCAGAGGGCUGCAUUUGGCUCUUAGGCUUCAGGUUGUCCAUCCCUUUGUCUGGCCUGUACCACUUUAGAGUGUAGGUGAGUGUUCACAUAACUGAAUGCUUCUCUGUACAAAAAACACAGAUACACCCACAUACAGCACAGAAAAACAACAUGAGUAGUCUAAGGCUAGAAAGGUCCCCAGAAGAACAUUCAUUAUGUGUGUUCCCCCACCUGUACUCUGAAGUAAUUUCCAAACACAGGUUUGCCACUUUAUUGAGAAGUGCAGGUUACCCAGUUUGCUUAGGAUAGUAUUAAGACUGACUCUAAAUAGUUGACAUUUCCCAUGCUGAUUCUUUGGCAGCACCCGGGGUUAACAGAAAAGCAGCUGUGGGGCCUACGUGCAGACACAUGCUGUCCGUGCAGCUGGUUAAGGAUGCAAAUAGCGCAUAUUUUCUACCUCUCCCAAACCAGGGUGUUGCACUGUUCUGGAGACAACGCACAUCUGAUGCUCCCACUCACUCAGGUGUAAGUUGAGCAGGUCCUUUACUGAAAUCUUCUGUCAGCCGCAUACUCACUAGUGGCUUUAGGUGAGCCUUAGUCCUGCAUCUCAGCCUUAGACCCCAUCUCCAACCCAUAGGUGAUAAUACUAACCAAUCUUGAAGUUAACUGUUGUAAUGAUUAUUGAGAUAAUGUGUGUGAAGUAUUCUGAACACUUGAAACGUGCUCUUUUUAAAUAGUAAAUACUUUCAUUAUGCAAAUCAAGUUAUUGCAUGCAGAAAUUAGAAUGCUUGAUGGGCCGGAAGACUCUGAUGCAAGGUAUUCAUUUAAGGUACAUGUGCCAAAUUAUGAUGAGAGUCUGUCCCUUGUUGGUAGAUAUUUUAAGCAGCAAUUAAUUCUAAGGAUCUGAUUUGCCUUGCAUUGAAAAUGACUGUUUGAAUCCAGGAGCUUACUGAUUUUUAUGUUUUAUUAUUUUUAUGUUAAAUGUUGCCCAAUUGUGUAUAUAUAUUUGUUUAUGCUGGUGCUAGCCAAAGUCUGCCAUAUUGGAUGGCAAAGUAUUGGAAUAUUUUUUGCUUUUUGCCAUUCUUGGAUUUGUUCAGGAUGAGCUGACAUUCAGUGUUGCUUAUUGGGUCAUGAAAAGCUCGCGCCAUUAAACCUGCCAGGGAAAGGCUUUGUUACAUGUACGGGAAAGACAACAGAAUAAAACACACUGCAAUCUUAGAAA